AUGCCUGAACCCAAUGUUAUUUUGCAACAGGAUGAGCAUCGGUCAGGAACAACAGGAUGUAGUGCGUACGUCCGUUUUAUUAAUAAAACCAACAGAGUUAUUGAAAUUGUAUGGAUAAACUACUCGGGACAUUACGUGAGAUACAGGGUGUUACAAAAAAACAAUUUUGUUGAUGUAAAUACUUAUAGUUCUCAUUUGUGGGUGGCGUUUGAUUAUUAUACAAAGGACAGACUUUUAAUUAACAGACAAUUUGUUUUUAACCCGAAAACAAUCAGACAAGUUCUUCUAGAAAAAUACCCGGAUGGGAUUAUACCAGUAGACCAUGAGUUUAGAGUACGAGGAUAUAUAACUUCGCCUUUGUAUAGUUUAAGAUAUUGUGCAUUAUUAACUGUUAGGAAUUUGUUAAAGACUCCAGAGGAAGCUGAUACUUUGGAAUUGCCGAAACAGUUGGUGGUUGAUUUAAAAAAGGUUAUUACUUUAAAGAAUAACCUUGUACAUACUCUUGAUUCUCAAAGGAGAUAAAUUGGUGUUCUGUGAGAGCAAUGACUGGCUGUAUCUAAGGUAUAUCCCUAAUUUUAAGUACUUUAAUAUUAAUGUAACUAUAUAUUUAGAGUAAUUUAGCUAUUCCGAAUGUUUGUAAGAUUUGUUAUAUAAAAUGAAUAAAGAUCCUUCAAAUCUA